CGGUCGGGGACUUCCGGAACGCUGGAGUGUGGUUCCGGGUCGUGUGCGGCUCAGGGUAAUAGGGCUGCUGCUCGGCCGGCCGGCGGCGGCUAGCAGCAGGGGCAUGAGGGCGAACCCGGGAAGCGGCAGCUGAGCGGGCCGGGAGGAGCGCCGGUCCCCGUGGAUCCCGAGAGUGCAGAGCUUGGGGCAGGGGCCGGGAGGCGUGGGGGAGCCGGGCCCUCCCCUCAGGAACGUGUCCCGGGGCCGACCCGGCCCGUAGUGUGGAAGCAGCUUCAGGUAGGUGAGCUCGUGAAACAAUAUGAAGAGGAGAAAAUAGCCUUUUAAGGAAAUUGGCCCACAGAAAGGAUGGCCUUCUUGGACAAUCCAACUAUCAUUCUAGCUCAUAUUCGACAGUCACAUGUGACCAGUGAUGACACGGGAAUGUGUGAGAUGGUUCUCAUUGAUCAUGAUGUUGACCUAGAGAAGAUUCAUCCUCCUUCAAUGCCUGGAGACAGUGGGUCAGAAAUUCAGGGAAGCAAUGGUGAGACUCAGGGCUAUGUAUAUGCCCAGUCAGUCGAUAUUACCUCAAGUUGGGACUUUGGUAUUAGAAGACGCUCAAACACAGCUCAAAGAUUAGAACGACUCCGAAAAGAGAGACAAAACCAGAUCAAAUGCAAAAAUAUUCAGUGGAAAGAAAGAAAUUCUAAGCAAUCAGCCCAGGAGUUAAAGACACUGUUUGAAAAAAAGUCUCUCAAAGAGAAGCCUCCAAUUUCUGGAAAGCAGUCAAUAUUAUCUGUACGCCUAGAACAGUGCCCUCUGCAGCUGAAUAACCCCUUUAACGAGUAUUCCAAAUUUGAUGGCAAGCAUUGUUCCAGUCUAUGUCUGAUAAUUAUGAACAAAUGUUUUUUACAAUCAUUGGCAUUAAAUAGCUCUCUUCAAAGAAAGUCACUUAAAACUUUUCAGAAAAGCAUGAAGCCACCAAGAAAUGUUGCAAACUCAGAAAAGGGUCAUGUAGGUACAACGGCAACCAAGAAGAUCGAUGUCUACCUCCCUCUGCACUCGAGCCAGGACAGACUGCUGCCAAUGACCGUGGUGACAAUGGCCAGCGCCAGGGUGCAGGACCUGAUUGGGCUCAUCUGCUGGCAGUAUACAAGCGAAGGACGGGAGCCGAAGCUCAAUGACAAUGUCAGUGCCUACUGCCUGCAUAUUGCUGAGGAUGAUGGGGAGGUAGACACCGAUUUCCCCCCGUUGGAUUCCAAUGAGCCCAUUCAUAAGUUUGGCUUCAGUACUUUGGCCCUGGUUGAAAAGUACUCAUCUCCUGGUCUGACAUCCAAAGAGUCACUCUUUGUUCGAAUAAAUGCUGCUCAUGGAUUCUCCCUUAUUCAGGUGGACAACACAAAGGUUACCAUGAAGGAAAUCUUACUAAAGGCAGUGAAGCGAAGAAAAGGAUCCCAGAAAGUUUCAGGCCCUCAGUACCGCCUAGAGAAGCAGAGCGAGCCCAAUGUCGCCGUUGACCUGGACAGCACUUUGGAGAGCCAGAGCGCAUGGGAGUUCUGCCUGGUCCGCGAGAACAGUUCAAGGGCAGACGGGGUUUUUGAGGAGGAUUCACAAAUUGACAUAGCCACAGUACAGGAUAUGCUUAGCAGCCACCAUUACAAGUCAUUCAAAGUCAGCAUGAUCCACAGACUGCGAUUCACAACCGACGUACAGCUAGGUAUCUCUGGAGACAAAGUAGAGAUAGACCCUGUUACGAAUCAGAAAGCCAGCACUAAGUUUUGGAUUAAGCAGAAACCCAUCUCAAUCGAUUCUGAUCUGCUCUGUGCCUGUGACCUUGCUGAAGAAAAAAGCCCCAGUCACGCAAUAUUUAAACUCACAUAUCUAAGCAAUCACGACUAUAAACACCUCUACUUUGAAUCGGACGCUGCUACCGUCAAUGAAAUUGUGCUCAAGGUUAACUACAUCCUGGAAUCGCGAGCAAGCACUGCCCGGGCUGACUACUUUGCUCAAAAACAAAGAAAACUGAACAGACGUACAAGCUUCAGCUUCCAGAAGGAGAAGAAAUCCGGGCAGCAGUGACACUGGCCUCCAGCCUCAAUCUGUUCCGUAGCUCAGAGCCUGCCUGCCAGGGCCAAGUGCCCUAGAGCCCACCCGGUGUUCUGAAGUCCUCGGGGGGAGGCCAGCUCCUGGCUCACUGGCACAGGGCAGGUGGGCUCUCGGAGAAGGUGUUGGGGGCCCCCUAGGAGGGAGUGCUGGGGACAUUGCCGUGGGGCAGAAAUCUGCUUGGCAGGGGCUUUGAUGAGUGAUGCCUGGGGGCCAGACCACCCCCUAGAGGAGCCACGUGCCACCCAGCCACCUUCACUGCCUGCCACCCUGCCCGAGGAUGUACAGAGCUGUGCCCACACAUUUCCUUGCAACUUGAUCAAAUUUCUUAAAGCAAACAAAGAACAAAAAUGUACAUUUCUGGUUUUCCUUUUAAUAAACAGGUGUACUCUUUAUCAUGGUAUGGUGGACCAUUCUUUGGGGCGGAGGAUUGAUUAUGUUAUUCUCUAAAAUCUGUUCCCAUAUUGAACAGGCAGAUUGGAAAAGCUAUGGUUCGAUUUCUCAGAAGAAAUGUUUAGGUCUUAGUCAAUAGUUUUAACUAUGCCAUUUGUUUAAAUGAGUGCAUUUGCUUCGAGGGUAGUGUCUUACUAAAAGUUAGGAACAGAGACCUGGUGGUGUGUCCAAGGCCGUGUCACUGUCCCCUUCAGCACACCCCAGCUUCUGACCUCAGAGCCCGGGAGCUGUGUGGACAGUGCGGGGUGCCCGGAGGAGGGCAAUGGCUGGUCCGGAGGCGCGCUGCGCUCCCGGCCGGACGUGUCUUUCCGUUUCUUAAGUAGCAAGUGUAGGUUUCAGCUGGCAGUUCCACCUGCAUGUGGAUUUUCCCAGGAUUGGAAUAUUCUCUGCUUCGCUGCCUUGGAAGGGGCUGCAUUCCCCUUUCCUCUUCUCCUUACAGUGCCUGCCUCCUUGUUCAAGCAGGCGGAAAGCUGCUGUUUCUCACGUUUCAGGGAGGGGGUGAGCAGAGGGAGACCUGUGUCCGUGCCGUCCGGCUCCCUGGGUGGGAACAGGCAAGGGAUCGGACGCCCCUGACACCACGCCUCUGGCCACACCAGAUGCCUCUGCAGUCCUCGACAGCCUCUUCAGUGCCCCUCCUGUGGUGAUGUCCUUUCUUACUGUCCCCAGCCAGGGCCGGGGACCGGUGUUUCACUGAGGACCUGCAUUAGAAACAUUUUUUAAAUUGUUGUACAGGAAGAGAUGUGUCUGAAACAGCAUCUCAAAGCUGAGUGUAUUUCUUUGCACAAGGGGUCAUGUUGAUGAAUUCUUCUUUCAUUCUGAUCUUUGUCCAGCCGACAGGAGCAUCCUUUUCUAAUGUCUUCCAUUCCUACCCCCUACCCAGAAUUAAAAGAAAGAUUUGUAGCUUGCUAUCUGUAUUUGAAUUUUUAGCAAUUUUAUAUUUAGAUAUCUUUGAAAAAUGUAAAUGACUAAUUUGGUCAUUAAAUCUUGUGACAUAUUCAAUAUUAAAAUGAUAUUAAAAUAAAAGUCGUAUAAAUAC